AUCUAGAGGUGAAGUCAGGCAACUUCAUGUUUUGAAGACAGAUCCAACAUGGCUGCUCCCUUACAGACGUUUUCAGGCAAACUGCUUGUGUGAAGUAGCUGCAAACCAUGAAGGAUUUCAGCCACCAUGGAUGCAAAAGAAAUUGUCCACUGUGCUCUGCAGAUAGAAAGAGCCCACGCAGACAGAAGCUAUGGGAACAUCAUGACCCUCCUUGGUGACCUUGAUAAGUUGCACAUCACAGCAGAGCAGCUAGAAACAACGGACAUUGUUAAAGUACUCUACAGGCUCCUGAAGAGCUGCUCUGAUACCAGCGUGAAGAAGGUGGCAAAGAGCGUGUUGUCAAAUUGGAAGAGACAGUACAGCAAAGAUAGACAAGGUGUGAGGCCUGAGCUCUGUCGCAUGGUUUCUCUAACAGACGAGGCCGGGGAUGGAGGAGUUUGCAAGCAGGGGGAUUCCCACAUUGAUUCGGCACAGACAUGUGACAGUGCUGUGGAGAAUGUGAAGUGCGCAGCACAAGAAGCAUCUUCCUCAGUGGCAAGAGAUGGCCCCCAGACUCUUUCUUUGACUGCAGAGAGCACCUCUGCAUCCUCUAGUUUCUCAUCUGUAAGAUCCAAAUGUGUCCAGCUCCUUCUCACUGCUCUCUGCCCUGAACUUCCUGAUAAAGACAAGGCUGCAGAGCUGGCCACAGACAUCGAGCAGCACAUCCACGAGCUCCACAAAUCCAGCCAGGUCAAAUACAAAGCCUGUGUGAGGAGCAAGGUGGCCAACUUGAGGAACCCUAAACACGGGCAUCUAUGUCAGGGCCUCCUGAGCGGCUCGCUGUCACCCGAGGCCUUCGCCCAGAUGUCGACGGAGGAGAUGGCCAGCGCAGAGCUCCGGCAGCUGAGGGAGGAGUACUCGUCCCGCGGCGUGAGCAAGAGGCAGCUUCCUCAAGGGAUAGAAGGGACACGGACACAGAAGAUAAGAUGCAAAAGAUGCGGGGAAUCAGACUGUAAGGUGACGCAGGUGUCCAGGGGGGCCCUUUUCUUGCCUGCCUGGGUGAGGCAGAGCGGGCCUGAUUCGGAUGCAAUGACCUUUGUGACCUGCAGCAAGUGUGGGCAGCAGUGGUACCACAGCGGCUGGGUCUGCCUCUGAAUCCAGACAGCAGAUUUUAUACAAUAUUCAUACUGGUGUAAAUAAACAAGUUGAUUGUA